GCUUCCAUCUUGCUCCCCGCAUGUGUCUGCUGUUAGUUUACAGGUCAGUGAGGAGCUUUAAAUACUUUCUUCUCUGCACUGUUAUCCCCUGAUCAGACGGCCAGAGAUGAAAGAAGCAAUAAUGAAUCAAGAAAAACUCGCUAAACUACAAGCGCAAGUCCGCAUCGGUGGAAAGGGAAGCGCCCGCAGAAAGAAGAAGGUUGUACACAGAACGGCGACCGCCGACGACAAGAAGCUCCAGUUCUCCCUAAAGAAGCUCGGCGUCAACAACAUCUCCGGCAUUGAAGAGGUGAACAUGUUCACGAACCAGGGCACGGUGAUCCACUUCAACAACCCCAAAGUGCAGGCCUCCCUCGCCGCCAACACCUUCACCAUCACCGGCCACGCCGAGACCAAGCAGCUGACCGAGAUGCUGCCCGGCAUCCUCAACCAGCUGGGAGCCGACAGCCUGACGAGCCUGCGGAGACUCGCCGAGGCUCUCCCCAAACAGGCUGGAGAUGGAAAAGCGCCGAUCGCAGCAGUAGAAGAAGAGGACGAUGACGUUCCAGAUCUGGUGGAGAAUUUCGACGAAGCGUCUAAGGACGAGGCCAACUAGGCGGAGAUGGGAGACGGCAGAACUCAACAGGACCACGUGGGGAGUGGAGGGGGCACGAGACGUUGUUUCGCAUCGAAGAAGCGGAGAGUUGACAGUCGAAACACCUGAGCAAGUUGAGACAUCGUGUCGGCGUUGAGCCUUCUGUAAAAAGCGCAACACUUCAAUUAAUUAUCGCCACACUCUUCAGUCAUUUCUUUUGAGUCGUUUUGUAGAGUAUUACUCCGUAUGGAAACCGGGGUCACAGUAUUUCGGUGUUCAGGUGUGUUUAUUUCUCAGUCCACCUCUUUGCCACCAGGCGCUCCACAUGCUUGUCGUGCUCAUGUGGUCUUAAUGUACAGUUACAGUAAGAGAUUGAGUGUCUGAUGCCCCCCGGCUGUACAUCCGUUUCCUCUGUUACUGAACUGUGGCCUCGCUAAAAUCACCAUAUCUGAAAUAAACCUUUGCUACUGUCACUUAACAGAA